GUUCCGCGAUAAGCAGUGCAAAUUUGACGUUGCACUCCGUUGCCAAGAGGCAGAUAACAAUUUACGCGUUAAUAUAUUAGCCGACGUGCGACGACGUAUCUUUACGAGGGCGUGCGGCGCAAACAUUUCCAACUAAGACUUUGACAGCGCAAACGCUGUCGGUAUAAUGGUCAUUAACCCCGCAGCCCCGGGUAUACGCGGCUUAAGGUAUAAAGGGUUGCGUCGCUCAUCCCGCCCGAUUACUCCGUUGUGAGAAUCUCGGCGCUAUGGAAGUGACGCAUACGCUCGUCGUGUACCUUCUCGUCGGUUUGAGCACGCUGUUGGUGCACGCCGAGAAGAACGCCGGGGGAGUCACCGAAACAACGAUCACCGAGGACCAGCAAAAGGUGUACGACGAAUGCCGGAAUCCGGACUACAAAAAAUACGUCAAGUGUUUAAUGAGGCCGAAGAGGCACGGUCAUCACACAGGCCACGGAGACGGGCUGCCGGAAACUGAUGCCGCUCACUGUCUGGAAACGUGUCUAAAAAAGUGCGAUCAUCACUUGGAUCACGAUUGCGAAAAGAAAUGUGGCUACUGCACGAAGAGAACCAGGCAUAGACAUCAGAUCAUUACGGAAUACGAGACGGAAUGCGAAUCGGGAAACUGCGGUUCAGCUGACGGCGGGUUAAGGACUACUAACAUAACGACGAAUAUCGGCAUUAACAAUAUCAUUAAUCCUUUUGGAGGCGUUAAUGGUACUGGAAUCAAUAUUUUUGACAAUCGUACUGGACCCGGAGGCUGCUGUCCGCCCGGUCGUCCUUGCUACCCUGGUACUCCUCCUUGCUACCCUGGUACCCCUGGCACCCCUGAUGGUAUCCCUGGUAUCCCUGGUAUUCCCGGUGUCCCCGGUAUCCCCGGUAUCCCCGGUAUCCCCGGUACUGGACUCGUAUCAUCGAUUCCUAUAGUACCUCAAAUCUCGUUAGUUCCGCAAAUUACAUACGGAGUAGGAAUCGGAACUGCAGGUGGGUGCGCGUACAAUCAGUGGCUUUGCAUUCAACAAACUGGCGUCCAAGGAGUACAGUUUCCAAGUGUGCAGCCUGACUGCUCGGGAUGCGGCCAUCCUGUCUUGCGUUACAAGUGUGAUGUAAAUUGUUACGCAACUUACACCAACACAGCAACUAAAUCACCUUGUAGGAGCCCGGAAUGCGUUGGUGGUUCCGCGUAAAAAUAUCUCGGAUCAAAGACACAAUUUUAGGAACGGAGAAUAUUUUAUUGAUCGCCCGUAUUGUUUAUAUUUAUGCAAUCUAUAGCUCACGCUAACAGUGGUGAACUCGAUCAGAGAUUUUGUAGCCGUGAAGUAGCCAUAGAUUUACCAUAAAACAAUCCCUCACGUACUAUUCGCCGAAAUAAUUACCUAUGUAACGAUCAGUUUUGCAACAUUAACUUAUGAAAUAAAGGCAAUAUUAUUUUUCUUUUAUAAA